AUGCCCAGCAACACCUCAAUCAAUCUCAAGUCCUCGGCUGCUGCUGCAUUCUGCGCGCGGCUCCUUGUCCACCCCUUGGACAACGUCAAAUUAUCGAUCCAAAGCGUCAAAGUUGGUCCCCACGGCUUGAUUCCACGAUUGGAGUAUCUUCUAGUGAAUAUUCGACAAGAACUGCGCCAUCAACAGAAAAGGCAUGAACGACUACGGCAUGCAAGCAAAUUUCCGCUAAAGCACCUCUCAGGCGACACGAUUUCUAUGUAUCGUGGUCUUUACAAAGGAGUCUCCUUUGCACUCGCCUUUCAAGUACCGGCGCUUGCGGUCUUCCUCUCGACUUAUGAUGCGACUAAGCAUGCCAUCAGCAGCUUGGCUCACUCUAUCGACCUGAAUUCGCUCCACAUUCAUCAUUGCGAAACCCACCUGCUCAGCGGAAUGAUGGCCAAGGCUUCAGCAGCGGUUAUUUGGACACCAAUGAACAGAAUACAGAACUUUGCAGCGCAUCCAGGUGUAGGUCAGGUGCCCUUGACCUUCAGAGAUGCAUGUCAACUGGCGCGACAGCUUUGCCAGACGGGGGGUGCCUCAAGGGUGUGGUCAGGAUACAGCAAAUCGUUUACCUCGUUCCUUCCUUACACGAUGCUAUACUUUGCAACCUAUGAGCAGCUCAAAAUGUUGGCGCGGCCAAAAGUGUCAUCCGAAGCUGGCGGAAAUAGAUUACAUUCAUCCACAGAAGACAAUCGACAGUAUAGCUGGGGGGCAUUCCGAGAAUACUGGUCGGUCAUAGGACGGCAAAGUAGUUCAACUGUAUAUACAGAGCUGACGCCGAACGCGUAUAUGUUGUGCGUUGCGAGUGCGGUCAUCGUAUCAUCCGCCGUCUGCGAAGCAGCUUCAACUGCGCGUGUCGUACUAUGGGAUCCACUCGUGUCCCCCAGAGCAAAGCCGCCGUCUUCUGGUAAUGCUGCGUCGAUGCGGGUUACAAACCUUGCCACAGCCCUCCGCAAGCAGCCAAUGUCGACCUCGCCCCUGUCACCACUCUCGCCGCCAAAGACACUUCCAUCUGCCUUUUCGACCAUGGUAUCGACAGGAACGUACACCCUCCGAUACCCGCCAUUUAUGCCUGCGCAGUUCAAGGCAUCCAUGUCUAGCACAUCUACCAUGAUCAGCCAGGUAAUGGCAGGACUACCGUGGCAGCAAACUCAGCACGCCACUCUCACUACGACUGGUCCCCUUAAACAUCGCAGUAUGAUCGGUCUCCAGCACGUCUCGAAGCCGGUACUUACAGGCCCAGUGCAGCCGCUCAAUCUACUGCAGUCGAAUAUCCAGGCCCUUCCAGUCAUAACAACGACAUCCCCAUUAUCACAAACAUACAAGCCAAAUAAUUUAUUAUCUAUUUCUAUGCCACCUGCGACAACAUCGUCGCCGUGUAAUGAUAACGAAGUGAACAAGAUCGUCAAUUGCAGCAAUACCAAGACUAAUACCGCGUCAGGACUUCUUCGCACCAUUGCCCGUAAAUCUGGAGCACGAAUUCUUUGGACGGUCCCAGGCGUUACCCUGACGACUGCCGGUUUUGAAGUUCUCCGUGAUCUCGCUUUACGUUCUGAUAUGAUUUAA